UACUCCUACAGUGCAGGAGAGGAGUAAUACGUCACUACAUACCGGAUGUUGUGAGUCUGCAUCGAGACCACGAAGAAGAACUAGCGGAAGUGGCAUAACAGUCGCGUGCAAUAACAACGCUAGAUUUUGGGGAGUUUUUUUUUUCUUUACAUAUGUGUCUUUUGUUAACAGAUGUAGCAUGUACUGAGCUGCCUCCGUGAGCACUAUGGCAACUCAGAGAGUGCUCCCACAGAGCAAAGAGACGCUGUUACGGAACUACAACAAAAGACUGAAAGAUGACAUCAGGUCCAUCCUGGACAACUUCACAGAAAUAAUCAAAACUGCAAAGAUUGAAGAAGAGACUCAGGUUUCUCGGGCAACUCAAGCAGAACAAGACCAUUAUGAAUUGCAUGUCAGAGCAGCCAACAUUGUCCGUGCAGGCGAGUCCCUGAUGAAGCUGGUAUCUGACCUGAAGCAGUUCCUAAUCCUCAAUGACUUUCCUUCUGUAAAUGAUGCCAUCAGCCUCCAGAACCAAAAUCUGCGCUUGCUGCAAGAGGAGUGUGACAAGAAGCUAACCUCGCUGCGAGAUGAGAUUGCUGUUGACCUGUAUGAGCUAGAGGAAGAAUAUUACUCCUCCAGCUACGGUCAGUGGGACAAUAACAACCUGCCACUGUGCGAGGCCUUCAGACAGCGUGACAGUUUGGCCUCACCAGGCAGCAGCUGCAGUUCUACGCAGGGUGAUAGAGAGGACGUGGAUGGGCAGCUGUCACAGGAGACAAACCCCCAACAUCACCUCAAUGGACACAGGACUCCAUUGACAGAGAAAUUGUGAGGAGGAAACUGAACCAAUCUGUGUUUAUUCCAAAAAGCACUGAUAAAAACAAGAAAAGUGAUUCAGAGUUUAUCAUUUUUAAGCAAAUUUGUUUUUGGAAGUAAUAUAACACGGAAACAAUAAAAAAUAAAUGUUAUUAAAGCUGGGACACAAUUCAAUGUGGAAAAACAUUCGUUUUCAAAACUUGUGGUCUCAGAUGAUUUCAAUUUAAACAACAGAAUUUAAGGCAUGUGCUGCAAACAUGACAGAUUUAUAUACAGUAUUUACAAAGCAAAUCUACUUAUAGUGGUUUUAGGAAACCUCUAAUAGUUCCAUCCAUCCAUCCAUCCAUCCAUCAUCAACAACCACCGCUUAUCCGGGUCGCGGGGGCAACAGUUUGAGCAGGGACACCCAGACUUCCCUCUCCCUCGACACUUCCUCCAGCUCUUCUGGGGGGACCCCAAGGCGUUCCCAGGCCAGCCGAGUGACGUAGUCGCUUCAGCGUGUCCUAGGUCUUCCCCUAGGUCUCCUCCCUGAGGGACGGCACCCAAGGAAGGCGUCCGGGGGGCAUGCAAUGUAAAUGCCCAAGCCACCUCAGCUGACUCCUCUCGAUGUGGAGGAGCAGCAGCUCUACUUCGAGCUCCU